CUCUACCCGCUCUUGCCCUCCAGGGCGGCGCUCACCACUUCCCCGGAACCCGCGGGUCUCCCCCGGCGGUUCCGGUCGGAAUUACCUAGCGGCGCACGCUGACAUGGCCGCGCCGAUACUAAGAGGUGUUCGGAAGCUGCUAAAGUAUAUGGACUUCGCGACGGUCCCGCGGAGACAUCGACAUAAGAAGAAAUGGGCUGCCACAGAGCCCAAAUUCCCUGCUGUUCGACUGGCUCUGCAGAAUUUCGACAUGACCUACAGUAUGCAGUUUGGGGAUCUUUGGCCAUCAAUCCGUGUUAGUCUCCUCUCAGAGCAGAAGUAUGGUGCACUGGUCAAUAACUUUGCUGCUUGUGAUCAUGUGAGUGCUAAGCUUGAGCAGCUGAAUGCCAGGGACUUUGUGAAUGGAACCAUCUCUCACUGGGAACUGGAGCCUGAGAGCGGCCAAUCUGGAGCCCCAUCCCCAGCCUCCUGGGCCUGCAGCCCAAACCUGCACUGCUUCACUUUUGCCAGAGGGGAUGUCGGCCGCUUCCCUCCUGCCAGACUUGGCAGCCUGGGUGUCAUGGACUACUACCUGAUGGAUGCUGCUUCCUUGCUGCCUGUCCUGGCCCUUGGCGUGCAGCCUGGGGACAUUGUACUUGACCUAUGUGCGGCCCCUGGGGGAAAGACAUUAGCAUUGCUUCAGACUGGCUGUUGCCGCAAUCUUGCUGCCAAUGAUCUCUCCACUUCCCGAACAGGCAGACUACAGAAGGUCCUUCACAGCUAUGUGCCUCAAGAGAUUAAGGAUGGGAAUCAAGUUCGAGUCACCUCAUGGGAUGGCAGGAAGUGGGGAGAACUGGAGGGGGACACUUAUGACCGGGUGCUGGUGGAUGUGCCCUGUACCACAGACCGCCACUCCCUUCAUGAGGAAGAGAACAACAUCUUUCAGCGGUCGAGGAAGAAGGAGCGACAGAUGUUGCCUAUGCUGCAAGUGCAGCUUCUUGCGGCUGGACUCCUUGCCACCAAACCAGGAGGCCAUGUUGUCUAUUCCACCUGCUCACUCUCACAGUUACAGAACGAGUAUGUGGUGCAAGGCACCAUUGAGCUCCUGGCCAAUCAAUACAGCAUUGAGGUUCAGGUGGAAGACCUGGCUCACUUCCGAAGGCUUUUCAUGGACACGUUCUUUUUCUUCCCAUCCUGCCGGGUUGGGGAACUGGUAAUACCAAACCUCAUGGCCAAUUUUGGACCUAUGUACUUCUGCAAAAUGCGUAGGCUGACAUAGCAUCACCUUUUCCCUGAAGGAGGAAGACAAAGGGUAUAUACUGUGUUGGAGGCACUGGAAACUGGAACCAGUGGCAGAGAUGUACUCUGGAACCUGUCUCCAUCCUGUUCGAGUUUUUCUACUGACAGUUUUCAGCAGUAGGAAGUAGGAGUUUUACUAUCCUGCUGUCCAAUUGUGGAGCAUCAGCAGGUUUCUAAUUCAUUGAUUACCACCCCGUCCCCCACAAUCUCCAAGCCUGUGCUAAAGCUUGCUGUCCAAUUGUGGAGCAUCAGCAGGUUUCUAAUUCAUUGAUUACCACCCUGUCCCCCACAAUCUCCAAGCCUGUGCUAAAGUUUGCUGUCCCCUUAGGGGCUUAGAAGGGGGAGCCAGUGAGCAGUCUCACACUUUAAUCUGUAAACUUGGGAAGAAGCAUUUAGCCAAUAAAAUUGUUGAAGCUCCAUAGAUUUGGGGCUAUAGUUGGGGGCUUCAUGUCAGUCCAAAUGCCAUUAGUUCUAUUUGUGCCAGCUGGUUACAGCUGAAGUGAGCUUCACCUGAUCAAUCUCGAACAGCCAGCAGGCCCAAACAAGCCUACCUAGUUUCUCCAUAUGGCCCAUGAUCUAAUUUAAGGAACAAGUAACUAAAAAUGUUAAGCCAAUGCAAAAUAAUCUGCUUACUUACAUUGAGAAAACUCUCCUGAGCUGAAUAAUUCCGGUUAUUCUUCCUGCUGUCAGCAGCACUUCUGCUUAAAUGUGACUGGGGAAGCUGCUUCUGCCACAGAGCUGUCAUACUCUUUUGUGUGUUUCAUCCUUUGUUCAUUCGUCUAGCAGGUAUUCCCUGAGCUCCUGUGUGACAAGGAGCUCUUGGAGAUGUAGCAGUUGGGAUUGUGGGAGAUAAUCAGGCUUCCUCAUCCUUUGGAAUGGCAACUCUACUCCUUUUGCUUUCUGAACACCUAGCAAUCUCCUGAUGUUUUGUUAUAUUCCAGAUUUUUGUUCUUGUUUCUGGUCUGUGGCUGAGCUCUGGUGCCUGUUCUUUGGCUCACCCUCAAUCUCUCAGAGCUCUUCCCUCGGCAUCAAAGGGCUUCACUGCACACAGUGUGUGUUCAGGGGCAGCACUGCAUCAUGUACUGAUUGCGUACUAAUUAUGUUAUUUAUU